AUGGCUAACGCCGUGAGGAAGUUUGAGGUUGGUCUUGACUCAAUGCCGAACUCUCACAAAGGCGAUCAAGCAUCCCAGACUGACAACUCAGACGUCAAAUCCCUCGGUGAGCACUAUGCGAAACUCAAGAAUCAGAUUGAGGUCCUUAUAUUGAGCUAUUUCAAUCACUUUAGUCGUCAAUACCUAAACAGCGACUCUUUUCUGAACAUACCGCCAGCCCUUGAUCGAGAUUUGGAGAAAGGUGUAAGCUCAACUACACCGAAAGCGGAGACGUGGUUCGUGGAGUCAGAGGCCGGUGUUGUGGCCUGCGGAGAUGACAAGUGA